CACGACAGGAGUGCGUCUGCUUUGCAUCCACCAACUCGUGUAAUGUUCAUCGUACAAUCAAUCCUCGCUAUCAUGGGCAGCCUGAUGGUAUGAAUUGAUGGCCUUGCAUGCGAGGUCAGUCUUCCUGGUAGACUUCCCUAGCUGUCACAUCAUUCCCAGCCGGUGAUUGGGGCUGUGCUUCGUAUUAAGCCGCCUCAAUGUUUGGCUAAUCACAAGGUCUGCACGCAAGGAGAAGUUCGACCAAGGUCGACCUAAGUCCCUCUUCGCCGCGAUGUAAUGCUUCACAUCUAGUAGAUGCAUGGUCUCCGUUGUUGCUAUCGAAGACCAUGGACUCUAAAGGGUUAAACACUACUAUUCAGGAGGCGCACGAUGCCGAGAAGGGUUCGAUGGUAUCUGAGCUCUCGACGACCCUGAACGUCUACCGUGACAAGCAUCACAUCCUACUCACGCCUUGCACACACCCAAGGAAAGAAAAGGCUUUCCCAACCUGGAGGGGCAUCGACAAAUUCGACGUAAACUCAAACCUCGGGAUCAGGGCUCCGCAGAGCUUCUUCCUACAGCAGCCGAUCCUUUCGUUCCACGCGCCCCCGCACCUCCUCCGACGCGGUCAUACGAAAAGUUCGCAGGCCCAGCUCCCUCCUGUGUGUUUGAUCCACAACAGUUCGUUCUGGAACAGCUGGAAGAUACAGAUCGGUCCGAGCCUGGCCACGGAGGGUGUCAUUGAUCCUCGUGGUGUUGUGUGCGCAGAACACACUGGUGACCAUGUCAACAACGAGAAAGCGCUGAAGGGGUAUGGAGUGCGUUCGUGGCGAAUGUGGGGUGAGUCGGGCAAAAAAUACCACCGCCUCGUCAAUAGCCAGCGAAAGGACACCCAGAAGACAGACAUGAAGAGCGUGGAAGAGCAAAAGGUCGAAAGUGCGGAGUCCAGAACUCCCGUCGAAGCCGACGAAGUCAUCCAUCUGCGCUGGGUGUCUCCGCUGAGCACGUCAACGCGCCUGUACACCUUCACGUGGCAGGGCGUAUCGUUCUCCUGGAAAGGCACCAGCACCGUACGAGAGACUCGGAGAUUGGGAUCGCUGCUCCGAUAUGCUCAUUUGAAGCUGAUGGCACAGCUCCCCGACGAUGACCCCCAUGCAUGUCACCCGGUAGAAGUCUGUCUUGCCACGUAUACCUGCUCGAUCGCGCCCGAGAAGGCCGGCAAGCUCGACCUGUUCGAUGCACAGAUCCGCAAGUUGGCGCUGGAUCAUGCGCCUGGCGCUGUUGUAGACUUGCGAGAUGUCGUCGUAGCUACUGCCAUGUGUAUGGUCAUGGGAGAAUUCGAGAAGCGGGUGUUGGCUAGAGAGCUGGCGUUUUUGAUCAUGACUGCUGGAAAUGUGAAUUAGGAAUGUUGGGAUCAGUAUGCCAAGUGUAUGCAAUGAUUCGAUAUGCAGCCAGGUGAUGUGCAUGCUUGACGAGUGAUGCUGGGCACCUCGUGCUAGUCGACGGAUCCAACGUACCAUCCAAGAACAUAAAAAUCCUUCCU